AUAGUCUCUGUCAUUUACAAUCAUUAUCAGGCAGCUGAUUCUCUGUAAUUUUACUGGGGAGCCAAUUAACAGAUCCCUGAAGCUAAGGAAGAAGGUCCUGGUCCUUUUUCUAUUUUAAAGGGGAAAAGGGGAAAACAAGUCUUCACUUAAAUAAUGCAGCAGACUUUUUUUGCCUGGGGAUCAGGCAGAUCUGAACUUGCACUAUUAUCAAGGAGGAGGUUGCUGAAUGAGGCCUGGGCAAUCUGGCCUCAAUUCCCAGUUCUGCCACAAGCUCACAUGUGACCUUGAGCAAGUCAUUUCAUGGGUCAGUCUCUCAGCUCCCCCUCUAUGAAGUGAGGAAACAAGCCAUCCUCUGAGGAUUUAGAUGCCUGGCUCUUGGGCUGUGACUCUCUCGUAACACGUGUGUAUAGCCUAGGACAAUGAAUAUGUAAGUGUUACAAUAAUAUGAAUGAUGGAGAUGAAGACAAGUAUUUAGACUGAGGCUUGAACUAACACUCUGGAGGGACCCCUCCCUGGAUUUGGGUUCUGGGGAAGUUUGGGGGGUUUGGUGUUAGAUCUCAGACUUGUUGCCUUGGACUUCUCUCCCUUGGAGCAAACUAAUUCCACGUUUUCAAUUCAGGAUGCAUUGCAAGCAUUGGUGGGUGAAAUCUUCCUAGAAAAACCAAAAUACCAUAAGGAAGUGUGCUUUCCUUUUGCCAGCCCUUUCUUAACCUCCGUGUGGGCCAAGAGGUAGGCUGAUUUCUUGAUGGGAUUUUACCCUGCCCAAGAAACACCAGUUGCAGCUACAAACUCAUAUGCUGGAUCCUGCACGUAACCCUGAAGAAUAUGGGAACUGCUACGCUACAGCUCUUCUGUCAGCAUGCAGUCCAAGAGCUUACAUGCCACAAAUCUCAUUGAUAGCUAAUAGAGAAAGUGCAAGAGAAAGGGAGCUGGGUUCUCUUGGAAUAUGGAAGCAGAGACCUAAGGCUCAUCAUCAAGUAUUAUCAAUGUUUGCUCUUGUUAUCUAAAAACACAAGACAACCAAGAGGAAGAGGGUGUUCUCCCACUUUCACAGGUGGAGGAGUGAAGUAGAGAGAGACUAAUCAACUUGUUCACGGUCACACAGUGAUUCUGUGAAGGAAACAAGAGGAAAACCCAAUUCUCCUCCGUCUCAGAGCCUCAACUACAAGAUCUUGCUUCUGCAGAACUCCUCUGGCCAUUUCUGUGCUGUCUUCACUACUGGUAGUUGGCCCCUUGGUUUAAACAAUAGCUCCUUCAGCCAGAAACAUCAGGUGCUGUCUCUGGAGCUGCUGUGUCUCACGUUAGCCUCAAAUCCUUUGGAGAGGUGCAGAGUUGGGAGGGGAAGUUUUACCAAUGAAAGCAAAAAUUCAAUGCAAUUACAAUAAGUGCUGUGCAAGUGGCAAACUCUGGUGGAGUCUCGCCUAUGACAGGGAUGGUGAGAGCCUCAGGAACUUCCUAUGGAGAUGAGCCACUUCACAGCAGGUAUGAAGAGCCAUCUUCUGAUAUGACCAGGCAGCUCUUCGCCCCUCUGAAUGCACUUGGACUGCAAUCGUAUAUGGCAGCAGGAGCAGCUCUUUUGAACACACACAAGCUCUUCCACCCAAAGCACAUGUCUGGCCUGAGAGCUGCAAGAGAUUUUAGUCUCCCCAGACAGAAAACAGCUUUGGGGGUGCAAGGUGGUGAGGAGGAGGAGACACAACCAGCCUGGUGCUGCCAAGAUGCCAAAGUUACAGCAUGGUCCAGAUGCAGCUUCCACCAAUGAAUGAACAAGACACAGGACUGAUGUUUGGAAAAUGAGGCCACGCUGAAAUAUCCAGAAGAAAUGAGAGCCGUUUUUUCCCAGCUCUGUAGAAUCAUAAUUAUAACCUGACCUUGCAGUUUGAUUCUGCUCAUGAUGACAGAACCUCAAGCUCCAGUUCAUGUGCAUUUUCCAAAAAAUGCAAUUCAGUCUUCAGAAAAAUGCACAUAGUGCAACCAGAGCUACAUUUUCAAAAAGACUUCGCUCCGAUUUGGCACCAGAAAGCGGCCUGAUUUUGCAAACCUGUGUGUGUGCGGCACUCAGUAACAGUUGAGCCCAAGUGUCACUACUGGGUCCUGAGCUUGUUGAAGAGGUUUAAUCAGAGUAGAGCUCUUCUAUCUGGGCCCUGUUGUUACUAUUAAGCGUUUGAUCAUCUGCCCUUGAGCUGUUUUACAAGUCUGGCCUGUAAAGAAACAAAAUUAGACUUUCUGUAAAACACACAUUUUAUUGCCUGUAUCUUAGGCCUUGUUGCCAUUUUUGGAUGUUUUCCAGGCUACAGAUUUGCAGCAUUACCCAAUCCACACACACACACACACACACACACACACACACACAUAUAUAUAUAUAUAUAUAAAUAAAUAAAUAAAUAAAAUUUCCCCUUUAAAUUGUA